UCCAAUUCCAGUAGCCAGUAGCCCGAGUAGUUCCCGUCUCGCAGGCAAUUUCCAUUACGCGUUUCAAGUUUAAGCCCAGCUCAGACUUAGACACAGACACAGACCCAGACUCAGACCCAGACUCUGACUCAGAGUCGGACUCAGUGCUAAACGGCAACGCGACGCGAGUGGACGGGUUUCUUUCGAGUCUGAGAUUUAUUAAAGUGCAAGAAGCAGAAGCAAGCUCAAAUUAAAGGCAAAGCCAGUUCAAAAAAAAAAUAAAUAAAAACAACAAGUGUACAGCCGCAAAAUGUUUGCCCAACUCGGAGCAGUUUGCCUGCUGCUGCUGCUGCAAGCCGCACUGGCCCCGGCACAGCUGAUUACACUGCGCGAUGGCAAGGUGGACGUUAAUUUCGCCGGCUACCAUGCAGAUGCCGGACUCGGCGGCUUGCUGACAGGCAACGCAGCCCACGGCGGACUCAGCGCCUCGGCGGGCACCCCUUGGGGAUCGCGUGCCGCAGCUGGUAUUGGUGGCGGUCUUAACGGACGCACGGCUGGCGGUGCAUAUGCAGCGGCUCAGGCCAACGAUGACGUCGGUGCCAGCGCCCUGCUCGGCGGUAGCGUAGGCGAGCGCGGCUAUAUCGGCUCCGAGGCGCACGUUCCCGGCAAGGUAUCCAUCCAUUCCGCACAAGUCAGUCCACAACAUGUGACCUCUGGUCCACCGGCUGCUGACGAUUUGCCUCCAGUACUGCCAACGGCGCCCAGCCAUAUCCAGAAGGUCAAGCCGCCCAAAAAAUAUUCGCUGAUUGCACAACAUCUGAUUACACUGCGCGAUGGCAAGGUGGGCGUUAAUUUCGCCGGCUACCAUGCAGAUGCCGGACUCGGCGGCUUGCUGACAGGCAACGCAGCCCACGGCGGACUCAGCGCCUCGGCGGGCACCCCUUGGGGAUCGCGUGCCGCAGCUGGUAUUGGUGGCGGUCUUAACGGACGCACGGCUGGCGGUGCAUACGCAGCGGCUCAGGCCAACGAUGACGUCGGUGCCAGCGCCCUGCUCGGCGGUAGCGUAGGCGAGCGCGGCUAUAUUGGGUCCGAGGCGCACGUUCCCGGCAAGGUAUCCAUCCAUUCCGCACAAGUCAGUCCACAACAUGUGACCUCUGGUCCACCGGCUGCUGACGUUUUGCCUCCAGUACUGCCAACGGCGCCCAGCCAUAUCCAGAAGGUCAAGCCGCCCAAAAAAUAUUCGCUGAUUGCACAACAUUCAGACCACAGUACGACCACUCAAAUCAAUGAAAAUCAUGUUCAGACCGCUGCAGCUCUGCCAGCCGCAGAGGUCGAACUGAAUAGACAGGAGCCGACGCCUCUAAUAAUUGUGAAGCGACCACGCCUACGUGUGAAACGCCCACGUCAAAGGCAGCGCACCGUUUACAGAACGCAGGUGUUCGUCGAAGAGGAUCAGGAGCAGCUGCAGCCACAAGGGGAGCACCAAAAGUCACACUCUGACGAGUCGGCGAAGGCGACGCCCAAGAGUGAGGCCAAGGUGGUGCAAACGCGCAAGUACGCAAAGGUCGCCAGCCAGAGGCCGCAGGGUGUCGAAGGCCACGUCAUUGCGCCGCAGGCCCAAGGAGUUGUGGGCAACGCACUUGAGAUACCCAUUGGCAUUUUGCGCUCCCUGCAGGUGAGCCUGGGCGCCUUGACGGGUGGACAGCCUUUGCCGCAGUAGGCCGCUCAGCCCUUCCAGGGUUAAGUGCACAUAUAUAGCGCAUAAGUUUAUACUCAAUGUCAUAUAAUCAAUAAAGCCAAAUUAAGUGGUAAAACAA